GUUCAUUCACAGCUCAGUCGAUCAGGACCAUCACAUCUCUCUGCACUCUUUGUCUUUCUCUUUGUCUCUCUAUCAUUCAUUCAUUUAUUCUCUCUCUCUCUCUCACUCUCUCUCUCACUCUCUCUCUCACUCUCUCUCUCUCUUUAUGUAAUCAUGAGCAGUUUCAGUUUUCUGUCUGUUUAUCUGAGUGGAACCUCACUGAUCCUCCUGCUGACUGCUGUGUCGGAGGCUCAGUAUGACGACUUCACGCCGGCUCCAGACUACGACUCGGACUACACCGCCACCUUCGAGUACAGCUUCUUCAGUAACGCCAGCAGCGAGGACCUGGACAAGUUCAGUGAACCAUACAUCGACCCAGAGGAAGAGCAGGAGGAGGACCGGGUGGACGUUCGUAGCGCCGCAUCACUUCCUGUUUCUCUGGACAUCAGGACGCUGGUCUGGACUCUGAUGAUUCUGAUCAGCCUGAACACACAGCAGCUACAACACACACUAUGAGACACACACUCAGCAGCCGAUGUUGGAUCAGUUCGAUCCUGCAGAAACUGGUGUAGGUCACCUGAUCGGAGGUAGGAGGUGUCGCAAUCACCUCUGUGACCUUCGACCACUGCAGAAAAUGGAGGCGGAGCCACAGGUUCAUAGGUGGACCUCGGCCAAUCACAAAGCUUCAUCAGCACCACAGUUCACCGCAACAAGAACUUUAUCACGUUGUUGUUUUCUCACUUUUUUUUAUUGUUGAGACAUGUUAUUGAGACCAAUCAGGAUGUUACAGAUUUUAUUUUUUUAUUUGUUGACUAAAUAUAUGGAAGUGAAUUAAUGCCAAAACUGUGACAGCAAGUUUACGUUUACCUAAAUUUUUGCUUUCCUGUAAAUAUCGGAGUUCUGAUCAGAUUAUUUGUUUAUGGAUUAAAAUUCUGAUUCUGGUGAAACAAAACGUUUUUUGCCAGACAACCAUAAACACAACAUGACCCCAAAUAUAAUUCCUUUCAUGUUUUUGUUAUACAUUUUAACAAGGAGGAAAAAAAAUCAUAUUUAAAAAAUACACUGAAUUCAAAACUUGUUCAUAUUUCUCUAAAAAUAUGACACACAGUUUUUGUCAUUAGUGAACUUCCAUACAGAUGUUGAUCAAUCAAACACCAGCACUUUGUAAGCACUUAUUUUUAUCUAUUAUCGAUUGUUCAGUCCAUUUACUGUUUACCAAACUGUAUUUUUAUUAAAAAACAACACAUUAUUGGAUGGACAUAAAUAAGUACGUUUUACAUAAAGUAACAGGAAUGUUUUUUUUUAUAAAUAUAAAUAUUAGUAAAUUACAGGAACAUUAAAGGACUUCCAGAACAAUCCACAGCAGCUCUGUUUCUCUUUCAAUGUUCACUUUGAGAUAUUUCUUUGUGUUUUGCAAUAAAAUGUAUAAAAAGUUA